AAAUGGAUUCAGAAGAGGAUAAUGAAAUUGAGUUACAGCAGAAAUUAGCUCCUUCAUUAGAUAGUGAAGAUUCGCUAGACUUAGAUUCUAAAAUAGACCAAUUAAAAUCAGAGAAAGAUCAGAUUACAUAUCUUGAUGCCUUCAAAAAUCUUGCGAUUGCUUCUUUUACUUGUGCAGGAGGGCUUCUGCUUAGGAGAUCAAUGGAAAUAUUUAAUUAUAUGAUACUUGGAAGACUUGGAGACCCAGCAUUAGUCUCAGGUGCUGGUCUUGGAAAUAGUACAAUUAAUAUUACAUUGCUAUCUAUUGGAAUCGGAUUCACUGGAGCUAUUGAAACAUUAUCUUCGCAAGCAUUCGGCAAAGGAGAUAAUUAUCUAGCAGGAUGUUAUUAUACUCGGGCUCAAGUAAUUCUGACUAUAAUUUUAUUACCAAUCUGUAUAAUGUUUUGGUAUCUGACUCCUAUUCUCAUAUAUAUCGGACAAGAAGUUCAAACAUCUAUUUAUGCAGGAAAUUUUGUUAGAGCUUGGAUUCCUGGCACUUUUUCAUUUUGCCAAUCGGAGUGCUUGAGGAAGUUUUUAAUAGCACAGGGUCAGUAUUCUUUAAUGCCAAAAAUCCAGAUUGGGACUUCUUUGCUUCAUCCUCUCUGGUUAUAUAUCAAUGUAUAUAUCUUAGAUUUAUCCAUUGAAGGAGUAGCGUAUUCUACAAGACUCUUUUAA